AAAAUUUUUUGUAUAGAUUUUAAGCUCAAUGUUUGGAAAUUAUAAAUCAUUUAGAAAUCCUUCAAUUUCUUUCAUUGGUAGAGUUGGACAAAUAAACACUAAACAGGAAUGUUCGCCCUCAACAUCGAAUUAUUUAUGUUCUACACCGAAUACAAUGCUUUAUACUCGUGGUGGACACAUUCCUCAUUUAACCUGGGAUCUUUUUGAUAGCCACAUUGCAGCUUAUGUUGAACAUUCGAGAUUGUUAAUUCAAAUUUCUCUACAAAAUAUAUUUGACUUUCUUGAAGUUAUUAAAUUAUCGGGAGGAAUAAAAAACUUUUAUAGAUUUGAGCCUGACCAUUUUCUCCACCUUUCAUUGUUAGACCCACUUUGUGCUAGAGAUGUUGUGUCGAAUCGUUUUAUUCAUUUUUGGAGUAGAGGCGGUAGAAAAAAGAUGGAUAUGGAACAAUUCAAAAACGCAAUCGAAACAAUUAUUCCUGAUAGUUUUCAAGCGCCCUUUGAUUUUGAUACACCAAUUGAUUGCUGCAACAAAAAAUUACAAAAAUGUUUAAAAAGGAGUAGAAGUUUUUUUGAAACAUUAAAAACGAAUUCUGAGGAUAAUAAUUGUUUUGAUAAAAGAACAGUAUUUUCAAUUGGCGGUGGACCUUCAAUUUUUCAUAGAAAAAUGUUUGUAAAAGAAUUAUUGUUACAACUUUGUCCUGACAAUAUUGAAGUUAUCAAUUUAGAUUUAUUUUUAUGGAGUAAAAUUGGGAACAAAAAAGAAGAAAAUUUCGAUAAAGAAUUUUUGAGACAACUUAUUGCUGAGACAUUGAGUUAUCUUCCUCAAAAUAAUCUUCGAAUUGUUGAAGGCCCAUUUGAUCCGUCACAAGUACUUUUCCUUUUUAAGCAAGGUGUUGACUUAUUUGACUCAUCUUAUCCAACUUUUCUUGCUGAAAAAGGUUUUGCUUUUCAACUUUUAGAAGGAUUUCCGUUGGAUGAUAAUAAUGAACAAUUCUCUUUAAUUGACUUGAAUGAAAAAAAGUAUUUGAAUGAACAUAAAACACUUUUUCCAAAUUGUGAAUGUUACACAUGUAAAUUAGGAAAUGGAUAUACACGUGCUUAUAUUGGACAUUUAUUGUUGUGUAAAGAAAUGUUUGGAUAUACUUUGUUGAUGUUACAUAAUAUAUAUGAAUGGUUAAGGAUGUUUUCUUUGUUAAAAAUGUCAAUUAUGGAUGACACUAGUUUUUCACCUACAAAAUUAUUGGAUGAUUCUUCAUUUGUCGGACCUUCUUCAACUUCUAUUGGUAAACAAAUAACAUUUCAGGAGAAAAAACACAGAAUUCUCUACGGAGUCUCGCGGGAUGAUUAUCUAACUGCUUUUGCUGCGGAUAAGAAAAGAUUAAAACUUGAGAAAAGUAGCAAAGAUGGUAAAAGAAAAGAAACGAAUGCACCUUCUCUUGAUCGAAUUCCAAUGCCAAAUUUACCAGAAAAUGUGAAAUACCGAAUUUCACAAGAAAAUCCUCCUUCGGUUUGCCUUUACACGUUGCUUAAUUCACAAGGAGAUGGAGGGCUUUGUUCUGCUACUAUUUCAGAUAAUGCUUCGCUUUUAGCACUUGGUUAUGGAAGUUCUAAUAUUCAAGUAAACGCUUUGGCUACAGAGAAUCUUAGAAUGUUAAAAGAAGCAAAGGAAUUAGAAGACCUCGAUAAUGAAAUGGAGGAAUUUAGCGAAGAAAUGUUUGAUGAAAAAAACAAACAAAAAUCGUUUACACUUUUGGGACAUUCAGGUCCAGUACACUCUCUAUCUUUCUCUUGUGAGAAAAGAUUGCUACUUUCUGCUUCUCGCGAUGCAACAAUUCGAUUAUGGGGAUUGGAAAUGCAAAGAAAUUUAGUUAUUUACAGACCGAUGGCUCCUGUUUGGAAAGAUGCUAAAGACGAUGUAACAGAGUUGGAAUUUCAUCCAAACUGCAAUUAUAUUAUUGGUGGAGGAGAUAACGCUCUCGUUCAUAUUUGGGAUGUGCUUACUGGUACUUGUGUUCGAACACUUUCUGAUCAAAUUGUUGCCGAUAGAGGAACAAUUCGAGGGCUUAAAAGUUCUCCUUGUGGCCGUUAUUUAGUAGCAGCAUACGAAGCAGGCACAAUUGGAGUUUGGGAUUUAGCACAACAACGUCUUUUGCUUACUUACGAGUGUGAAGAUACUUUUGACUUUAAUACGCCUAUUCAAUUUUCUCGUGAUGCAUCAAUUGUCGCGAUUGGAACACCACAGCAUGGAUUGAGCUUCUUAUCUAUGGAAGUUGCUUCAUCAGCAGCACAUUCUUCUAGUCAACAGCAAAUGCCGCAUCCAAUUGUCAACCCAAGCGGAUAUGGUCAAUUUGUUUAUCCAACUAAAAGAACAAAUAUUGUUGAUGUACACUUCACGAGAAAAAAUAUUGUAAUUGCUCUUGGUGUUUUUGAGCAAUGAAAACCAUGUGUUUUAUUAAAAAGAUUUUUAUUUAGCUUCUAGGACUAGAAAGAGAAGGUGAAGAAGGUAGUGAUGUUCGAGACUCUCGGUCUCGACUCUCGAGUCG